AUGGCAAAUAUAUCCCGCUGGGGAAUCAAAUCCCCCCAAGACCUACGCCCGCUAUCGUGGGAGGCUGCAAAGGACGACCUCGAACAAUUUCUGAAGCCGAACCCUAAUGAUACAUCAGCCGCACGACUCGCGCAUGUUGAAGGUCCGCACGGCUCGGGCAAGAGCACCGGAAUGAUAGAAUUUAUCUGGGAGAAGACCCAUACCUCCGACCGUCGCAGCGUGGUUAUUUACGUGCCGGCGUUAGCCCUUGAAGCUCUGAUGCUUUCCGCGUACUUCGAGACGACAGCUUCACCGCAUGAGAAGCUAAAAUACAAUAUCUGCGUCGGCCUCGAGAACCUCAAGCCCAUGCUCCACCUCGCAACUGCUACCCAGCUUCGUACCGCUCUCCGUGGUGCGCUUCGCACGCAUACGCCUCAUCGGCUCGUCCUCUUGAUAGAUCUAGAACUGUCCCCCACAGCCGACGGCGAGCUCCUCCUCUCUGAGCUAGUAAAGUGGCAUCGAGGACUAACGCCCGACUGUCACCUUACUCUGAUCACCAUGGCUGCAUUUACACGCCCGCCCGUGCACAAAUUUUGGGAGGCCUGCCUGAAUACAAAAUGUCGGCAUAUUACCUUCUCCUCCACAAAGAUACCGGCUCUAACUAGCAAGCAUUUACCGCUAAGUACCAUCUGGUGGCAAGAGAGCGACGAGAAUCUUCCUACGCUAAUAUUAGAUGCAUUGCGUACAGCGAUUCUUGUUCCCUCAGUAUUGAACUACAGCGACAAGGCCAGGAGAGAUAUAUUUGAUAGAAUGGCACACAUGAAAUCUCGCAUGAAAGACUUGGAUGGUACCGCAGCUGUCGCAGAAGCCAUCAAGACUAUCGAAGAGUUUUCUAUCUUGGCACAAGGCUGUAUUCUGGGCCCGUGCGUCGUCGUGGUUCAAAACGACGAAGACAACAACAUUGACAUCAGCGAUAUGCUGUACAACGAUCCGAUGUUUGUCGAUGUCCUCGAAGUACGAGCCGGGCCGAAGGAAAAUUUGACAGAUUGGCUGGAGGCUAUCAUAUAUCCCGGGCCCAAGGUAGUCUACGUCGAAGCCGACACGCCCGUCGUGCUAUACCUCCCGAGGGUUACGGCCAUAAUAUCCCUCUCUACCUACGCCAGCAAGUCAUUCGACCACGAGACCUGUGCACUCACCUGGGCGAGCACACAGAAAUCGCGUAUGGAGCUCCUUAAAGAGCAAUCAUAUGCAAGAAAGACUUCCGCCCCCACCAUUCCGACGCCUACCAAGUUCUACUACGUCAGCAAGGACGACGGCCGCUCUUCGGGCGCCAACUUCGACAAAUACUUCGACGAAUGGACGCUAGCUCCCCCGGCCCCCGCUUACGAAGGCCAGUUCGUGCGCUUAUGCUUUGAGGUCUGUGCCCCAUGGCCGGACGAUAAGGACCUUACCAUCCCUCUCCCUGCGGUGUCCAGCCUCAAUCACAUGGCAAGAGUAUGGGAAAGCCUCAUCAACAUGGGUUGUUUGAGCCGCCAUCCGAAAGGGAGUCCUCGGCCCGUGCUUAAUGGGCCUCGAGCAAGGCGGACUUUGGACUUUUUAGAUUCCGAGUACAACGAGUUCGGGACCGUCCCCUUGGCUUUUCAACUGGCUGGGAUCCACGACGCCCAAUCUGACGCGGUAAAGCGGGUGCUGAUCAGAAUCGCCUCGUUCAUAAGCGAAGGCCCUUUUGCCGUAUAUUUCUCGGAGCUGAUCGAAAACAAACGCAAAGAGCUCGCGUUAGUAACCAACUCUCGGAUAGCAUACGGACAUGGUAUUACAGAUAUCCACCAGAUCGUCGCUGGAGAAUGCGUAGGAAUAGGGAAGCAGGAGUUUGAUCGCGGUGCUAUAUGGAUCAUACUCGGAUUGUUCCUCAGGGCGGAAGCAUCCCUAGCUAAAGGCCAAGAUUUGGAGGCGCAAGAAAAAGGAUACAACGCGGGUAUCGAUCUCGAGAGCUUUGAUAUAAUCAUCGAAAAGGUCCGCGGACUGGAAUCUAUGCACGGCAUCCAGCCGUCCCAAGAUCCUGUCCGGGAUACGGAGCUGAGCCCGGAAGAAGUGAGUUACAUCAUGAUGGACCUGAUGAAGGUCUGGUCGUCCCAGCUUGUCUACUUCAAGCGCAAGUCAGGGAUGACCUGUAGAGAUCUUACGUCAUGCAACGAGGUAAACCUAAACGGAUUUCCCCAUAUAAAUGUGUAUGGGCUGUUUGAUAGGGAUACCUCGCCAGUCAACGAUGUAAUUUUCGCUUUCUAUACGGACCUGGCCAUCUCACAGGAGCGUCGCUGGGUAUUCAAUCUAACCCGAGUCCCUACGGAAUCGGUUGUGGAAUUGAUUAGAAAGGAAGGGCAUAAAUCACUAGUAGUCUAUUGA